AUGUGGGUCAGUUUUUUGGGUUGGGUGGAGAGCAUUCAUCUGAAAAUUGAACGCAAAGUUACAACAGUUAAGAAAUGGGGCUGUCACGGAAGCAUUAGGCAGAAGAGUUUCAAAAACUUUUUCCAGCUUUUCUUCGAACUUUUAGAAGCUCAACAGCAGCAAUUUGAAAAAUUAUGCUUUUCUCAUUCAGCAUCAUGCAUAAUUAAUCUAAGUAACAACCACAAACUGCAUUUUUAA